AUGAAGUUCUCGUUGACGUUAUUGGGACUUAGUGCCAUUCACAACGCCUGGCAUGUCUCCGCUGUUCCCCUCAGCACCUGGUCCAGCAGAUCUAAUGCGUCACCACAUGCGGUAGACAUGUUCAAUACUGCCAUUGAGUGGAACGACAAGUAUUGGGACGACCAAGCUGGCUACCUGAUCACAUCAACUUCUAGUCGCGGCCGAUAUGAUUCUCGACACUCGGCAUGGUAUGCAACUCAAUUGCUUGCCAGAAAUGGACCAGGCGAUGUUGCAAAGGCUGUACGGAUUUUCGACAAUGUUAUCUCAGGCCAAUACCUCGAUCCAUCCAAACAAUGGUAUGGUGAUUAUCAACAAGCACCAUCGGAGCCUGAGCCUGGGACCCUGAAGUAUCCCGAUGAUGGACCUUACAGCUCGUGGGACCCGAAUAUUCGAGAUUUCGUGGGUUGUGCUUGGAUUGUGGCUUUAAACGACUAUGGGCAUCUUCUUCCAACAGCGACGGUCACAAAGGUGGAGAAAUCCUUGCACAUCGCAGCAAAGGGUGAUCUGUACCGCGUUGGAGGUGUCGACGGGGAUAACUCAUACCCAUGUUAUUCCAACCCCUGGUUGAUGCGAACUAUUCUUCAGAAUUGGGUAGGCGCGCGUGUCGGAGAUGCGAACUUGACGAAGUCGGGUGAACAUUUCGCCCAAGAGAUCUACGACCUUUGGAGUAUGCAUAAGACCUUGUCAGAGUUCAACUCACCGACAUACGCUGGCGUGGCCAUGUGGGCAUUGGCUCUGUGGGAUCAAUACGGAACCAGUGACAGUCUGUUGAAGAAAUAUGGACCCGAUAUGCUCACAGCCAGCUGGAACGAAUUGGCCCAGCUAUACAAUGCCAACCUGAAGAAUCUCGCCGGACCCUGGGACCGUACUUACGGCUAUGAUAUGAACCAGUAUGCGUCUCUUGUUGGCGCUGUGAUCUGGGGUGUUGUUGGACGUGAACAGGCACCUGUUCCUCAACAGGCACUGGGGAUGUAUCACCAAGAUGAUUUUGCAUUCUACCCUCUAUUUGCUCUUUCAAUGCCCACAAUGGUGAAAUAUCUACCGGCGCAAGCGAAGGAAAACCUGCUCACAUUCCCUGGCGAGCACCAAUACACAUCGCAAGCUUACUCGCCGCCAUUCGAUACCUAUCCCCGGAACAUCACGGCUUGGAUGUCCAAGAAUGUAACAAUUGGUGCCGAAACCGUUGCUGAAACUGUUGUUGGAGGUCCCAGUAUCAACCCAAGCCAGUUCAGUCCAGCUGUCAUACAGUGGGCGAUCGACGAAAAGCAAAUCGGCUGCAUUGCGCACUGGGUCACGGAGUCAUCUAUUGAAGCCGUCGCUGCUCCUCGGAGUUUGAAGAUCUCUUAUCCGAAUGCAACAUCUGACAAUGGACCUGUGUCGUUCAAUUUCCUCUUCAGCGGACUGUCUUUGAACAAUGAGUUCAAUGUAACGGGAUUGAAGGGUCUUCCAGGUUUGAAUCUCGAAGUCUCGACCAAUGCGUUGCCGAACUAUACUAUCACAUACAACACCGACCAUUCAGUCAACGAAUUCGUCUUUUACAAUGUCACAUACAGCAUGCCCGAGCAUUUUACUGGGACACCUUUUGUAUCUCUUCAAUUAUUAUGA